CAUUAGUUCUUUCAACAACAUUUCCAGUGGCCUUCAGCCCUUCACUUUCUCCCCAGGCCAGCUUAGCUUGCUGCAAAUUAAUCAUGGUAGCUACCCAGGUGGAACCAAAUGGAUGGCCAUUUGGGCUUGAAAAGAUGAACAUAUGGCUUAGAGUGAAUGAUGCUCCUCAUUCUCAAGUUGACACACUAUCACUAGACCCUUCCCCAUUGUGUGUUGUUCACUCCCCAAGUUUAUCCUCAUUCUCCUCUUCCAAUCUUGAUACUGAGUCAACAAUGUCGUUCUUCGUUGAUCAAAGUGUAUCUCUAGGACGACUAAUUGGGAUGAGACCCGAAGACAAGAGGAAGUUGUAUUUUCCGAAAGCAAUGCAGAGUGAGAUGCGUGGAAAAAAUGUUGUGAACAAAAUAUUGCAAUUAGAGGUGUCAAAUGGACAAGAUGGAAGAGAAAUGGGACAAUGGCUUUGUGUGCCACUGUUACACAAUGCUUUAGAGAAAAUUAGCCGUAGUAAAGGCAACAAUUCAAAGUAUAAAAUGUUUAAUUGUUAAAACUUAAAAUCAAUAAUAGAAUUUCACGUAUUUUAUCACUUUA